CACGUCAGCAUCGCGCGUCUUUCCAGGAGCUAAUGACGCUGAGCGACGCCCAGGCGGGGAGCGCCACUCGCAAGGCGAACAGGCUCUCACUCACCUUCCUGGACAUCAACCUCAAGCUAAUUACAGGAUGGACGCGAUGGCAGAAGAAGAAGAAGGAGGAGAAGGAGAAGGAGAAGGAGAAGGAGAGGGAGAAGCAUGUGCUCACGGGUGUCAGCGGGCAUAUCCCCGCUGGGUCCUUCGUGGCAAUCAUGGGGCCAAGCGGGUCUGGAAAGACGAGCUUGCUGAACAUACUGGCGGGAAGAGUGGCGCGCAGCAGCGGCUGCGCAAGUGGGCGCAGAGCUCAGCUGGACGGCCAGAUCUUGUGUAAUGGCAGGCCGACGGCCGAGAUCCCCGCGUUCAAGCGCAAGUGCGCUUACGUUAUGCAGGACGAUGCCCUCUUCAGCUGCCUCUCUGUGAGGGAAACCAUUACCCUGGCCGCUCAACUUCGACUCCCCAGCACUAUGUCUAAGGAGACGAAGAAGCAGUUCGUUGACGGGGUCCUGGCGGAGCUGUCGUUGACAAAAGCGGCUGACACGUGGAUAGGCAACGAGAUGAGGAGAGGGGUGAGCGGGGGAGAGAGAAAGCGGACGAGUAUCGCCGUCGAGUUGUUGGCCGACCCAUCCAUCGUCUUCCUGGACGAGCCAACGACCGGUCUGGACAGCUUCCAGGCCCUGAACAUCAUGACCACCCUUCGGGAUCUCUCGACGAGGGAUCGAACGGUGAUCAGCACCAUUCAUCAACCUCGCAGCAGCAUCUUCGACAUCUGCCAGUACUUGUUGUUACUUAGCCCCUUAGGCAAGAUGGUCUAUUUUGCCAAGGCUGCCGAUGCCCUGGACUGGUUCGCUCGCCUGGGCCAUCCCUGCCCGGCGCACUUUAAUCCAACGGAUCACUUUCUGGACCUGGUUUCGAUCGACAGACGGGAUGACAGCCGGGAGCUAGAGGACACAGAAAGGGUCAACGCGCUGACCAGAGCCUUCGUCCACGGCAAGGAGGUGAAACCCCUUGCCUUUCUGCUGACUGCCUCAGCCGGCCGUGAUGGGCCCGGAGCCCGACGCUCCGACGACCGCGACGACGACGACAAGCAGCAGCAGCAGCAGCAGUUUCUGGUUUCCCAACCCGCGAACCGUUGCAGUCUCUGGUGCCCCAACUUGCUCAACGCUUCAUUAUGGUUGACGUCAACCAAGUCAAAGUCAACCGAUCAAGCAGCUGGCCCACGGGGGGGGGGGGGGCUUCCAUGUGCCUGGACCACGCAGUUCCUCGUCCUGCUCCAGCGAGCCUGGCGGCAGGCCUCUAGGGACAGACUGGUCAUGAGGAUAGCGGCCGUGCAGUCGUUGGUGAUGGGCCUGGUGGUGGGGUCCCUGUUUUGGAACCUUGGGACCGACCAGAAGUCCAUUCAAGACCGAAUGGGGGUGCUCUUCUUCUUUGGCACCUCCAUCUCCUUCUCCGCAAAUCAGCAGGCUUUGUCGACUUUCCCUCUCGAGCUGGCUAUCGUUAACAGAGAACGCGUCGCGGGACUAUACAGUGCCUCUGCCUAUUACCCAGCUAAGGUCCUCGCAGACAUUCCUUUCAAAAUGAUUCCGGUCAUCAACUCCUCGUUGAUCAUAUACUGGAUGGUAGGAUUUCAACGUAACGCGGGAACGUUCUUUGUGCUGAUCGGCAUUGUGGCGUUGACGUUCACAACGAUGUACGGCGUUGGUCUUCUCGUGAGCUCCCUCGCACCUACGCCGAGAAUAGCCUUAGAUAUGGGGACCAUGACUAUGGUGACCUUCAUCCUCUUCAGUGGGUUCUACCUCAACUUGGAGAGUAUACCCAAGCCCGUACGAUGGUUUUCAAACUGCUCACCGGUGAGAUGGACUUUCGCAGGAUUCACAAACAACCAACUUCGGGGUCUAAAGUUCAAGUGCCCGUCUCCGAGUCCUUCUCAAGCUCCACCACCCCUCGCACCCCUCCAAUCCGCUAACAAGGUACACAAUUUAAUGCACAUGCACACCCCAAUCAUCGCACCACAUGGGAACCGGACAUUGCUCUCCCAACCACUCCAACCGCAGCAGCAGUUGGCCUUUGGAUCGAUGAAAGGCCAAAAGAGGGCGGUCAAAUCAAUGGGUUUCACUGCUAAUCAGCAGAGUCACUCUUGUUGGAAAAGAUCAGCUUGCACGCCACAGCCUGCCAGUCUAACUGCUAUCAACCCUUCUCCCUCUGCUCCUCCUCCUCCCCCUCUUCCUUCUCCUCCUCCUCCUCGACCUCGACCACAAGAACAUCCUGAUUAUCCUCCUCUAUCUUCGUCUCCUUCUCCUCCUCUAUCUUCUUUUCCUCCUCCUCUAUCUUCUCCUCCUCUUCCUUCUCCACUUGCUCCAGGGGCUACUCAGGAGAGUAUCUUUGCUGGGUCAUUGUCAGCGACGACCAAGCACCUCGAGAAUCUACGUGUAGUAGAUCCUGUGCCUCCUCCGUCUUCUCGUCCUCUUCCUCCUCCUCGUCAUCAUCAUCAUGAUCGUCAUCCUGCUCCACUUUGUGCUCCUCCUCACCACCGGCAUCAUUAUCAUCAGGAUCCUAAUGCCGACAGUACAGUCCUGCCCAGCAAAGUACCAAUUCGCCAAGAAGACCACAUGUCCGCUGCAAUGGAUCGAGCACGUGGGGCCAAAGAAGAGAUCAAAGGCAUUUUUGCUGAGGACAUGGACAUAUCCUGCGAACCCGGAGAGAGUGAUUCAUCCUUCUUCCGCUCCUCACCCCCCUCCGAAGAUAGGACCGAAUGGGAACUAGGACAACCAUCCCAGGCGCCAUCUUCCCCAUCUUGGCCCGAUCUUGACACCCCUCAUCUUGACCGGCGGGACGACGAUCAUGAUGGCGGUGAUGGUGCCGAUGUCGACCAAGGCGGUCAUCGCCGGCUGCAGUUAGCAAGUGAUCAAACGGAGGGGAAAGAAGAAUCAACCUCACAGCAGGAAGAAGACUCGAGCUCGCACCACGAUCAUGACAAAGGUUCAAUCUUGCCCGGGGUUCCAGAUGAUGACGGUCGCCAUUCUUCUCUCACAUCUCCCAACCAUACAGAUUUCUCUUGCACGCGCACUGGAGAAGAAGUCUUGGCGCGGCUGUCGAUUGACGAGUUGUCGGUCAGAAAGACACAAUCAUACCAAGCCAUCGUGUGUGCUUGUAUCCACCUUCUUGCCUUGCUGGCUUUGUUAUGUAAUCGACCAAGGUACAUCUCCCUCGCUGCUGCUCCCAAGAAUCCUAGCAACUCCACAAGACAGUUGGACCCCGCAUCGAACCUGAGGGUCAAUGUACUGCCCGCGGUUUCAGAACAACCGAGUGACGAGGAACAAGGGAACAAUAAGGUGCACAUUAACAGACCAGGACCAGGUUGAAGGAUCAGGACCACAGUGAGUGGGCCCUCUAAAUGGACCUGUGCUGUGGACCUAGGUCUACAUUGGCAAACCAGAACCACAUUGAGAUACCAGAACCACGUCGACCGACCACCGGCAGGAACACAGUGAGUAAGUCAUCCCUCUCAUUGAACCUGCAGUAGACGUAAGUCUACAUUUACGGAUGAGCUCAGGUCCAAAUUGGCAGACCAGGACCAAAUUGACAGAUGAGGACCACAGUGAGUUAGCCCUCUCAUUGAACCUGCUGCAGACCUAGGUCCAAAUUGGCAAGCUAGGUCUACAAGGACCCCAGUGAGGGAGCUCAAUCAUGACAUGGCAUGAUAGGCACACGCCUACAAGGCCACAACCUCAUUCAUCCUCCUGUUAACAAACCUGCUGUGCACCU